GUGUCAAGAGUCGAGACCGGCCGGCUGGGCUGGGCUGGGCUCGCUUGCUCGCGGUAGUGUUUCGCGCGCGGCCCUUGCUGCUAUACAUUGCACUUCCGUUGCUGCGGUCGCUGCACGAUCUACGAGCGACACCCACGCCAUCAGUCACGCUUGGAUUCAGCUGGCAUUGAGUGUUUCUUAUCGACCCUAUCUGUGUCUGCCCGGUUUCGCCCGAUCGUGCUGUGUCCGGUCGUUGUUUUAGGCGAUUGAAAGCAAAUACGCCACUGUGCGGGUUUCGGAAGAACUGUAGCCACCAUCUGUGUCGUCCGUUCAUUCGUCUGAACUGUUUGAAAUCUGGAUUAAUUGUACCUUGCAUCGAUUGUGCCCCAGGAUUCGUAAGGCCCAUAAGUCUGAAGAAACUUCGAUCGCGCUUGGGUAGAACCCAACACUCCGGGUACUCUUCGAACCUUACAAGAACUGUCUCCUUUGGAGUCGCCCGAGUUCCACGAAGGCUGUACCUUUCACUGACGUGCUCACAUCGGCAACUUCGGUAGCUCGAAAGAUCCACACUCGGCGUGAAUUUUCUGGAAGCCCGAUAAAGUCACGUGUUAUUGGUGACGGCUGUACUACCCAGCUGUUCCAAGCGUGCAGGAACCGUGUCAUCUAUCGACGCUUCCGUACUGCUGGAGAGAACCGUUACCCUACACAGUGGGCGUCCGAUUAACGGCCCUAUAUAAUACAGCCAACGAUCAAGAGCGUUCUAUUCGGAGCGAACGCCUGUAAAUUGCCGUCAGCGCACUCCCUGCAGCCGUACACCUUCGACGGCAGCUCGUGUCAACGGCAGUGUGGCAUCCUUCGAGACAGGCGAGUGUUGGCCGCACCACCGAUGACUCCAGCCCGGCUCUGAGUUCGUCAGCGAACCGUCUGAAGUACUAAGAGAGAACAUCCGCCUUCCGUGGAGGAGGAAAGAAGUCCACCCUUUCGUUUCGCCCGCAGUCAAGAAUCCUCUUGCCGACGGACGAGGCAAUCGAGGGCACGAGUUUUAAAGCUUGGUUACGGCGUCUUCGAGUCCCUGUUCACCUGAGCCGCGCCGGUUACUGUGCACGUGUCGUCUCGCCGAUUCCGAAAACGCGCCUGGAGCUCGGCCGAGUUCUUCGACCCUCGUAGAACCCCGAGCACACGUAGUGAAGACAAGUUAAAUUUUCCCGCCAUCUCACUUGCGCGAGCAACAGUAACACAACAGUUUCCCCUCUCUCUCAUCCGGACUUCGCUCGGUGCCCGUAAGGUGGAAGUCCCGCGGAAGACGUGACCAUGUCAGACGUGGCCGAUUCUGUGAGUAACCCACAGUCUCCGGUGAAUGGCAUCUUGCUGGAUGAACCCCUGACGCUUGACUUUGAUCCAAUGAGUUUCCAGUUGUCUUCCCCUACCGAGGCAAAACCCCCUGUCGACCUUGUCGACUCGUCCCCCGAGGACCCUCCCUUUGCUAACGAACCCCCAGAGAUUGCUAACGAUACUAACUACAAAUACAACCCAAAGUCCUACCUCCUGGACCUAGAAUCACUGCAGGAACUGCAGGAUAACGUGCAAUCGACGUCGUGUACGGUUCAAGACGACGACGCGAUGGCAGAGGACGAACGAGGCGAGACGACGUUGAACGACUCCAUUGCGCGCGAUGGCGCGGACCAGAGGCCGGACCUUCUCGUCGGAGUGACGGUGACUACGUCACCCGGAGGGCACCAAGCCUACAUACUCGAGGAGGAUGAGGACGAGUUUGACCUCACCGACCCCAAGUCGGAGGACGACUCUCGGGAGGUCGAUCUCUCCGUGGACGCGUCCGAGUCAUCGUCCAGUCUCAACCCGGAGAGUUCGAGUCCGCUGAACGGCGGGCCACCCGGUAGUAGCCCUCCCGAACAACAGGAGGACGUGGUCGGCUCUCCAUUGGCUAACCUUCCAGAGGAUGGAGUUGACGAGGAAGAAACGCCUACGCCACCCCUGAGAGAUGAGAGUCGGCGGGGCGGGAGUUCGGUGCAAAUCGUUGACCUCUCUACUUCAUCUUUGGACGAAGGCUUGGGCAGUUCCGAAGCACGGGUUAACGGCACGGCAGGAGGACAGCCCAUAGCAGUAAGCUUCGCUUACCAUGUGACCACACCAGAGGAAAGUGAAUCCCGACCGGAAGCAAUACCGGAGGAGGAAGAGGAAGUAAAUGAUGACGGAUUUGGCGGAGUCAGCAGCGCCGUUCAGGAGCUGGCCAGCUUCGUUGGGGAAGGCGCCGACCUGCCACAGGAUGGUCAGUUUGUAGAUUACGUGGUCAGCACGCCGGAGGACGAAGAGGACUCUGUUUGCAACGUCGAGGACAACAGUUUCACCAGCCCCGUGCCCGAGAUGUCCAGAGAGACGUCGUCGGCCAUGAGUUCGGACAUGGACACGUCGUCGAGGACGACUAGCGUGGAGACGGUGGCGUGUGCCAGCCCGCUGAAUGCUCAACAGGACGCCAACAUCUUGAGAAGCCCCCAAGGACGGAACAGCACCCCGCUGUCUCCCGAGUGCCACGACGAGGCGUUUGACACCGCGCGUAGCCCUAACAAUCUUUGCACGACCCCUGUGUUGGCUUGCUCACCCACUGACACGGCAGAGGUGGCUGACUCGCCAGAGCUUGAGAGCAGUGAAGAUGAGUUUGAGUAUACGCCUGCGGGCGUUACAAAGUCCUCGGUCACCAAGAGCAAGCGAGUGGUGGCCAGCGCCCGAACGAGCAGCAAGGACGGUAUCACGCUGCAGCAGUCCAGCGUCACCUCGACCACCAGCCUGGACUCGCACACCGAGGUGGUCACUGGCAAGGGUGCCUACGAUGGGCUCAACGGCGUGACCGAUAAGACCGAGCUUACUAAUGGCACAGACGACGAUUAUUACCGACCCGAAAUCGAAUGCCCCGUGUCAGUAUCGAAGCUGAAGGACGUUUACAUAUCGUCCGGAAAAGACACUGUGGACGCCGAAGCCUUCAGAGAGAUCGCCGUCACUGGAAUUGACAUCAAGUCUCUGAAAUGUCAGUACGAACGGACAAUCAAGGAGAAUGGAAUACUGUCGCCGUCACGUGAGGUGAUUAACACUGGCAUCGACUUCGAGUCUUUGAAGCACAGCUACAUCUCACCCUUGAAUAACAAAAAUCAAGUGCUCAACCACCGUUUUGCCGAAGACAUCGUGCCGAUUGACAUAAAGUCACUAAAGUCCAGCUUCACGAGCGUCCAGGAACAGGAGAGCCGUCACAGCGAGAGCGGCGUCAUCGAAGAGGUCAAGAUAGACAAGCAGAGGCUGCAGAACAAGUUCAACAAGAUCAAGAUCGACGAAAGCAAGUGCUUCUGCCGCAAGUGCGGGACCCACGUGUAUCCCGUAGAGCGCAUCAUCGCCGAGAAGAACUUCUACCACAAGAACUGCUUCAGAUGCAAAGAAUGCAACAAGCUGCUCUCUGUGGACGGAUACAUGUCCCAUGAGGCGGAGAUCUACUGCAAGAUCCACUUCAAGCAGCUGUUCCAACCGAAGGCUCGCUUCGACAACGACACCGGACCACUGCUGGCCACGCCCGAAGAGGACGAUUCCCAAGAAGGUCGCCAGCGUCGUCACGAAAUGAUAAUCCGCGAGAACAUACCCGAGGAGCUUCCCCCGGAUGUCGUCAGAUCUGCUCACGAGGAAAGUCCUCCUGAAGGUGACACUAAGACUGACGACGGCCUCCACAACAUCAACUUGGAUUUAGGGAACAUCAGGCAGCGCUUCGAGUCGCCGCAGGAGUCGGUGCCAUCCGUUGCCGACAGAUCUGCCUUAGGACGUUCCGAGAGUCUGCUCCAGAGGCUAGAGAAGUACCAGUCUGUUGCGGCUGGAGAAAGGAACGGAGAUGCCCAUUCGCCCGCAGAAAGCGAAGACGAAGAUGCGUCCGUUGUCAGAGAGACAAGGACAAAGGAAAAGGUCGUCUACGAAGGGCUCUCGUCGCUGAAGAGCCAGUGGGAGAGCGGUGCAGUCAACAGCCACCAGGAGCGCACAGAGGAGACUAAAGAAGAGCUGGCUAAGCUGCGCAAGAAAAUGUGUCUGGGCCGCUCAGAGUCCAUGCGACAGGUAUACCAGAAGGCCGUGGAGGACGCCAACCGUAUCCAGGCCGGGCGGGCCGAACAGAUCAGCGUGGAGGGCCAGGAGGCUCGGGCCACCUCCAUCAAGGAAAAGUUUGAGGCCGGUGUGGUGACCCAAGAGACCGAGGCCGAAAAGAUUGAGCGCCUCCAGCGCGAGAAGCAGGAGGAGCUCAGUGUUUUCAACGAGACAGGGAUCGCCCACGAGGCCAAAAACAUUUUCAAACAACUUGACGCCGAGGUGGCCCGCCAGUCUGGCGCUCCCUCCGCUUCACUGGCCCGCUCCCCUAGCAACCGCUGGAGUGUUACACGGCCUCAGGAGAAUGCCGUCUCACCGGGCGACGUCGUCCGUUCCAGUGACCCCGUCCGGGACGUCGAGGUCGCCACCACAGAGGUGUCCGAACGCUUCAAGUUCUUUGAGAACUUCAAGGACGACCCAAACAAGCAGCGCAAGCGCUUCGAGAUGACGCCGCCCCGCGAGAGCGCCAAGGAGCCGUCACCCGAGUUCCAGCCCCCGCGCGACCCCAACGUUGUCCGGGCCGCCGACCCGGCAGAGGAAGUCAUCGUCACGGACACCGCACGACGCAUGCGCGAGCGGUUCCGCGAGCUCGAGGUUAACGCGAGCCGCGAGGAGCCGCCCCAGGGUCCCAAGCCGCUCAAGAGGAUCACGCCUCCGCGCGAGUAUACGCGAGACAACGUGCACGAGCCGUCGCCCGAGGUCCAGCGCGAUCCUGACAUCGUGCAGUGUUCGUACCGCGUCGAGGACGACAUCGUCGUCGAGGCCGACCGUGCCAAGAGCAUGCGGGCGCGCUUCGAGAACUGGGACGCCGAGCGCGAGGCCCGCGAGAGCCGGCGGAAUGGCGAGAACGCUGACGAGGAGUGUCUGCCCAUGGCCGACACGGCCAAGACCCUGAGGGCCAAGUUCGAGGCCAUUCGGGACGAGUCCGAGCGCCAGGAGGCACACAGGCCCAAGCCCAAGGUCAACAGAUUUGUGGAGUUUCCAGGAACUCCCAACUCCGAGGCAUGUGCUAUAUGCAACAAGAAACUCUACCCCAUGGAGCGAAUGGAGGUGAGCGGACUGCGGAUGCACAAGAACUGCUUUCGCUGCAGCCACUGCAGUUGCCAUCUCAGGCUGGAGAGCUACACAAUCAGCGGAGGGAAGCUGUACUGCGGACCUCACUUCAAGCAAUUUUUCAUAGCCAAAGGCAAUUACGACGAGGGCUUUGGUCGUGAAAAAUGGUCCAGGUCCGCUUCGCCCGCUUCCCGGGAAAGCAACGAGGAGUACACGAAUGGCGACCGGGAUCACAUUGGAAUCCUCGACCAGCCAGUGAUAGCGUAGUUGCCACAACCCGUGCCCAUAGCUUUCAGCCACAACCUGUGCAUCGUCGCUGUUGCCGCCACUUCAUUCUGCCCUGGCUUUUCCUAUAUCUGUAUAAUCGGCAUGCUCAAUGUAAGAUACACUUCGUGUCCAGCAUGUUCUUUCCUGGUACCUACUCGAUCCCUCAACUGUUUUUUUUCUAUUGCUGCCUGAGCCUGUCAUGAAGGCACUGUCAUGUGGCCACGUGUUUGUCAUAUCGGACAGCCUUUGAUUCCAACAAGUCCUUGUUGCAAUCUAGCUGGAACGCCAGUGUCCGGCAAGCUGAUUGGUGCGUGACACUAAGGGGUGUGUGUGAAUGAGCAUAAGAACAAACUCAAUGUGGUUGUAUCCAACCAGCGAGCACUGUGGCAGAGAAGUGACAUGCUGAGCUGUGUGUAGUCAGCGUGUUUGUCCCGGUAUAUCUAGAAUCGCCAUUAGUUAGUCGGCUUUUCCCAGUGAUCGUGUGACAUAGUGCAACAGUGAUAUAGUAAGACGAGUAUAUUAUUUCCCUGUACUUUUAGCCAUGUUGGUUUUCAUGUGAUGCAAUAUCUCUACAUGCUCAUUGCAUCUGUUUUUAUGUCCCAAGAUUGCAUGCAGUUAGCUGGGCUCUUCGUAAAUUUUUAUUUUCCGUAACAUCAAAAUAAAGACAAUUGUAUGCACUGCAUUUAGUUUCAUGAAGCGGUUCUGUUGCAUUUCACGAAGCUGUUCUGUUUCAUUAAGCUAACAGUUCUUAGUUCUAGUUUUCAUUCCAGUCAACUUAGAAUCUGUUAACAACGCGUUUACUGCAGACAACAACCGAAAUCAAGUUCGCAACUUUUUUAUUGCGUCUAAAUAAAGCGAAGUAGCAAAAAAGUAACAUUGGGCAGAAAAGUCUCUCUUCGUCCACAAUGGGAUCAAAUAUAUAAAUUAUCAAUAUUAAGCGCGUUUUGAGCGACGUCGAAGCGCGGAAACGUACUUCUUUGCUGGCGUGGCUUGAUUUAGGCUCGAUGCUAUCGAUGACCCUAUAGAUUUCUAUCGUGCCGACCUUGUGAACAACAUGCUCGGGCAGCGUGUAACAGCAUUUACCGCGUCUUUUAAGACCAGCCUGCACGGUUAGGAUGGAAUUUACUAUCUCAGUGGACAACGUGCAACUUAAACCCAAUCGCAGUCAGAUGGCUGAAGACACUGGGCAUCCAUCCGCGUCGGACCACGGCAGCACCAGUACUGAUAAAGCAAACUUGAUCAACCGAAUGUUUUUAUGCAAUUCAGCAGAGCCGUUUCACGACAGUCCCAUAAAGCUGGUCAGCGAAAUUUGCGAAGAGUGAAAGCUAGUCUUCUCGACUCGGCUAAACAAGUUAACGAGGUGUUGCAUCUCGCCAUUCGUUCCAGCGGCGUAGCAAUGGCGCCCGCUGCACCGCGCCGUUCGUUUCAAAAGGUGAAGAGCUAGUGCACGAUUUUGCUGCGCCCUUUCAGUGCCCACUCAGUGCAGGCGUACGUGUGUGAAGCAGCAGCGCAGCAGACGACGCAGUACACGGGCGCAAGUGCCGUUAAGGCCCCGCUUACGCACGACUGAUGUGUCACGCAAGUGUGGGGUGUAGUUACGCCUCCGAAGCCGACCACAACUGCAGUUGGAAGCAGUCAAACUUGCGCACUCGAUGCCCAUUAGGCGGCCAAAACAUCUGUUCGUCGGCAUUAGUUUCGAGUGUCGCGUUUUUCGUGCACCUCGGGAAACUAUUCUGGACUGUCAUAUUCCGCCAUGUUGUGAAAAAUGUUACGGCGGCAUUUCAAGCCAAUUGGAGGCCGUAGCAGCCCUCCCAGUCCGCUCAGCGCGUAUCAGAGCUUACGAUAUGGCAAAUUCGACAAUGUGGUAUCGUUAGGGGUGCUAUUCUUGACCAUAGUUUCCUACAAUAAAACUCGGUGCUCUGAAGCUGCGAUCAGACUUGAGUUGGCCAAAUCGAAACUCGCUGGCUUGCCGGUGAGAAAUUCAUGCCUGCGUUCUUGGCGUAAUGGUUUCAAUAUCGGGCUUCUGUGAUAGAGGUUCUUUGUUAGAAUCCUGACGUUAGACAGCUUUCAUAAUGAUUAUUUAAUUUAUAACGUCAUACCUUAUUGAAGACAAUGAGUUCAGAAAGUCGCGAAGCCGUUUGAAACCCGAAGGACCAAGUUUAGGCAGAUGCAUGCACUAACCAACAUUCCCAUGCUGUCUGAAGCGCCGUGCUUGCAGCCCCCGUAGACACUUGCGCCACAGUUACGUCGAGCAUUUGUACGAACCAAUGUUACGGAUAUUGUCAAGUGCUGCCAUAUUGCUGCCACUACCAAUCGGAGGCUUCUAAUUGGUUCAGAAUGGUGCCAUUACGGAAUUGUCAGAAUAACACAGCUGAAUACCACCUACGGAGGAAGAAACGCGGGGCACACUGUUUGCGGAUGGUGAUCAUAGUUCACUCUUUGCCUUGGGGGCAUGGGUAAGCAGAAUGUUUGCGACACGUGGAGCACAAGUUGUCAAAGAAACGAAGCCAGCAUUGUAUAAAAACUGCUGAAAACCCGCCACCAGCAAGCAAAGAAUUUCCCUCUUCGCAGCGCAAAAAAAAAAAAAAAACUACAUAUAACGGCAAAACAGUGAAAUUGGCAACACUGAUAACACAAUGACUCCAAAUAUAACUACUUUUACUAGUUUUAAGACUUGUGUUUAAAAGUGACUAGAUUACCCUGUAUAUUCUUGAGUGAACAAAGAAUGCUUAAGUAUUUAUGCGGUUGAUUCAUCUUUACCCACUCUGCGAUCUUCCUGUCGUGGUGUUUCCUUCUCCUGUAUUUCGUUGCUCUGGAGAUACUCCUAAAUAUAACUCAAUUUUUUGUUUUAUUUUCAGUGCUGCAAAAGCAUGACUUGUAAAUAAAAGCCUGAUGUCAAUGUCAA